CAAAAUGUGAAAAUUAAAAAAAAAACUAUAUUACAAAAAGAAUUUUUUACUGUUAUUGAAAAAAAUGAAAUUUAAUUAAAUAAUAGAAAUUUUAAUUUAAAUAUUAUUUUUUGUAGUGUAAGAGAAACAAAAAUAAGAAUAAAAAAAACUUAACUUUAAUAUUAAAAAAAUCAAAAGUAACAAGGACCUUAAAAAAAGUUUUUUUACCUACCCAACACCUACCAUAUAAAAUUCUUAAUUAAAAAAAUUUUUUAAAACAAAGAGGACAAAAGAUUCAUAGAAGAAAAAAUGACCAUUAAACCUGUUAUUAAUCAAAAAUCUAAUGAAAAAAAUAAAGAUCAUUCAAAUGGUCAUAACCAAGUUGAUCAACAGGUAUCAAAUAAUGGAAAUAAUUUAAGAAAUUUAAAUAACAAUGUUGAAAGUUAUUCACAGAAUCCCCAAAGACGUAAUGAUGUUUUCGAUGACAAAUCAAGGCAUAGAAGAAGUCCUCACAAAAGCGGUGGAGGGCGUCAAAAGCGUAAUAGUGAGCAUAAUAUACAUCAUCACUGUACGAAACGCUCAAAUGAUAAUCGCAAAAUCGAUAUUAAUAAUAUUCCAACAACAACACAACAUCAGUAUUUAAAUCAUCAAGUAAUAUCGGUUGCUCAACAUCAUGUUGCUGAUAGAAUGAGUCCACAUUCGCUUUCUCCUGGACUUAAUGCAACAUCAACAUCAGCAGUAUGCUCUAUAACAAAAUCACCUAAACAUAAUAACCUUAAUAUCAAUAUCAAUAAUAAUAACAUUAAUACCAAUAACAACAAUAUUAAUAAUAAUAAUAAUAAUAAUAAUAGUAGUGGAAAUACUAUUAUAAAAAAUAAUAAUGCUAAUAAUAAUUUAAAUAAUAAUACAACAAAUAAUUCAAAUUUAAUUGUGCAACAAUCAGUUGUAAAUGGACAAUCUAUUGUAACAUCAAAAUGUCAAUUAUCACCAAGAUCAAGUACAAUAUCAAAUAAUAACAUUAAUAAUAAUAAUAAUAAUAACAAAAAUAAUAAUAAUAAUAACAAUAAUAAUAAUAAUAACCACUGUAAUAAUAAUAACGAUAAUAAUAUACUAAUUAAACAAUUGGAAGAUACAUUAAAUGGUUACAAUAGUGGUGAUGAAUGGUUAGUGUCCAAAGAAAAUUCAUUAACAGUUGAUGAAUGGGUAAAACGUGAUGAACAAUUUGGAAAAGCAAUGGAAAAUCGUGGUCUUAUUAUUAAAGAUGUGGAAGAAGAUGGUGCUUGUUUAUUUAGAGCAAUAUCGUUACAAAUAUAUGGCGACCAAGAAAUGCAUGAUUUCAUAAGACAACAAACAAUGGAUUAUAUAUAUCAAAAUAGUGAAUAUUUUGCACAAUUUGUUACUGAAGACAUUAAUAACUAUGUUAAAAGAAAACGUAAUAUUGACUCACAUGGAAAUCAUAUAGAAAUACAAGCUAUGUCAGAAAUAUACAAUAGACCGGUUGAAUUAUACUGUUAUCAAACAACUCCUACAAAUAUAUUUAACUCAGAACAAAUUAGCAAUGGUCAGUAUCCACUAAGGCUUUCAUAUCAACGAGGAUCACAUUAUAAUGCUAUUAUCGAUCCUUAUAAUGCUUCUGUAGGUGUAGGUUUAGGUUUAGCUGGAUAUAAACCUGAAUCACAGACACGAGAAGCAAUACGUUUAAGCGAACAAUUUGAAAUUGAACAGACAAUGUUUGAAGAUAAAUUAAAAACAACGGAUUGGGAAGCAACUAACGAAGCAUUACAAGAACAGGUUGCCCGCGAAUCAUAUUUGCAAUGGUGUCGGGAAAAUAUUGUAAGGAAUCGAAAUAAUAAAAAUGAUAAACAUAAUAAUAACAACAAUAAUAAAAUUAAUAACUCAACAAUAACCGAAGAUAAUACAUCAACAACAUCUUGUACUGCUAGUUCAAUAUCUAGCACAUCAACUAAUUCAACAAUUACAUCAGCUGAAGCAUUUAAAAGUACAUUUAUUAAACAGCAACUAAAAAACCAAUCUACAUCUGCAAUUACAUUUACCGAAUCUUGUUAUAUUACAUCAGUUAAAACUACAACAGCCUCAAAAAAUAAUUAUAAAAAUAAUAAUAGUGAUAAUAAUCAUAAUAAUGAUAAUAAUAAUAUAGUUAGUGACAUAAGUAAUGAUAAUAAUAAUAAUUAUAAUGAUGAUCGUAAUAAUAACCGUAACAAUAAUAUUAAAAAUGAUAAUAAUGAUAACAUCAACAUCAAAGAUGUUAAUAUUAUAAAAAAUAACAAAAAUAAUGAUAAUAAGAAUGAUAAUAUUAUUUUUGAUGAAGGUGAUAAUGUCAUUGAUAGUAUUAAAAUUAGUCAAAACAAUAUUAACUGUAAUAAUAUAUUUAUAAAUAAUAAUAAGAAUAUUAAUAGUAAUAACAAUAUAAACAAUGGUAACAAUGAUAUUAAUAAGGAUGAUAAUAAGGAUAAUCAAAGUAAUUUAAAAAGUUGUAAUAAAAGUCAUUUAAACAAAGUAGCAACAACAAGUAAUCAAAAUUAUAUGAUAAAAACUUUUGAACAUGAACUUAAUUUAAAUGACAAUUGCUGUAAUUCGUUAUUUAUUAGUCAAUGCAAACAUAAUAAACAUAAUAAUAACUAUAAUAAUAAUGAUAAUAACAGUAAUGUAUUAUUGACUGAAAACAAUUUAUUUGAAAAUAAUUCUCAAGUAGAUAAUUCAGCAGGUGAACAUUGUGAUAGUGAUGAUACUGAUAUGAGUAGUACAAGUUCAAUUGAUCCUAACUCAGAAAUGCUUUAUAUAAAUUCGAAAAAGAAUAAUUUUAAAAACAAUAGAAUGACAGAAAAUGGAAGUGAAAGAAAAAAGAUGAGAAAAUUAAAAAGAAAAUUCAGAGAAAACAUGUGGUCAACUAAUCAAUAUAAAAUAACUUCUGGAAAUAAUACGCAAAGCAGCAGCCCUUCAAAAAAGAUCAAAAUUGAUGAAACACAGUCGAAAAUAUUUAAAAUAUGUGGAAUACAACAACAACAGCUACAACAGCAGCAGCAUCAAAAAAAUGAAUUUAUUGCGAAACAACCGAGCACAUCAAAACCAAAUGGAACUGAAGAAAAAUCAAUAUCAUCAUUUUAUAAAUCUCUAAUCGAAUCAUCAUAUACAGAUGACGGCUUAGGACAAUUAACUGAAAAUGAAAUGAUACAGAAAGCUAUAAAAAUGUCCAGAAUUGAUUAUUUUGAAGAUCAAAAGUUACGAUAUGGAUAUUAUCAAGUACAGCAUCAAGAUAACGAUGAUGAUUCAAAUUAAUUUGAAUUUAAAUUUACACUAAUUUAAUUAUAAUAUUAUUAAUAUUAUAUAUAAUUAUAAUUAUUUUAUUUAAAAAAAAAUUUAAUAUUUACCAAAAUGAACUUGAAAAAUGUAAUAAAAAAAUGAAAUGAAUAAAAGUCUAAUGUAUUCAAAAUUUUUAGAAAAAAA